AUGGUGUAUCAGGUUGCUUUUCUGAAAUGGUUGAAAACUUAUCAAAUUUCUGGAGAUAUACAGGACAUUAUCAUUCAGCUAAUCAAUUUUUAUGUUCAAGUGGAUUGGUUAAAGUUUGGAAUCAGAAAAUAAAGUAAUAUAGCAAAUUAUAGAUAGUUUUAUUCAAAAUAGUUUUCUAAAUGAACACGAGUUCAAAAGAUUAAUAAAAUAAUUUUUACAUGAUGUAAAGUGGAACUCAUUAGCGUGGUGUAUAAGAUUUUAUAUAAAGGAAAGGGCUUAUAGAAAUAUCAAUAUUAUCUAGCCUUUAAAGUAUUUUACAAUAAAUAAGUUAUUUCUGCAUUCUUUUGUAUUUGCUGCUCAUCUUAAUUCUCUAUACUGAACUUUCUUAGGAGUAAAUAAUUUUUAGUUUCUAACAUGUCUCUAUUAGAGUAAUAUAAUUUGGAGCAUUAUUUGGGUAAAACUAAUUUGUGAUUUAAUUAGAAUUUAUGACAUGCUUAAGAGUAUAAUGAUUGAUGAAGUAGGAACUUAUUUUAUUGCUUAAUUUUCGAGCAUAAUGGCUUGCUUUUCUGAUUCUUUAUUUUAUUAUUUUAACAAAUCAUCAAGAUUUUAUUUUUUUUAUGGAGAACGAAUUCUGGUUUCUAAAAAUGGGGUGGCUCUAUUUCUUUUUGAUUGGCUUUCUUCAAAAGAUGAGUAAGAAUAAAUCAAAAUUAAAUGA